GCCAAAAUAAGUUUUGAAUUUUAAGUUUGAUAGCGUGGUAGAAUUUUAGUUUAAGUUCUAAGCUUUAGCAUAAUAGCCAUGUUUUAAGUUCUGCUUGGUCCGCAUGAAGGUCAACACAUGCUCAUUCAAUUCGUUACUUAUUCUAAAGGUUAAUUCGAUACAUGAAGUAUGGGUAAACGAAAGAAAAUUAUAAACGAUCAAAAAGCUGGUGUUGGAAGUAAACCUCAAAACACUGGUUCAAAACAACAUUAUUCUGUUGAUGAUUUACUCAAUCGUGUUAAUGAAUAUAUUGAAAGUUUUGAAUUUGAAUUAGCUGAAAAGUUUUGCAAAAAAGCUUUAGAUUUAGAACCACAAAAUAUAUCUGCUUUAGUAACAUUUGGAAACAUAUGCGCAGAACUUGGUGAUCUUGAUAAUGCAAAAACUCAUUUUUCUAAAGCUGUGGAGUUAGAUCCUUUAAAUGGGCAUGUCAAAUAUCUAUAUCUGGGUCAACUGAGUGAAGGUAAUGAGGCUGUUGAAAACUAUAAGAAAGCCAUUCUAAUAAUGAAAUCAGAGAUAGAAAACCAAAAAAAUAAUGCCUCUAAUAAUAUAAUUACAAAUAAAGAUUUAUCAAGUGUGUACUGUUCUUUAGCUGAAAUAUACAUGACUGACUGUUGCUUGGAAAGUGAUGCAGAGACUUUGUGUGAAGGGUAUUGCAAACUAGCAAUAGAAUGUGAUAGUGGCAAUAUAGAUGCUUUAUUAGCUAUGAGUAAUUUUCUUCUGAGCAAGGAAAAUAUAGUUGAAGCCGAAAGUUAUAUAAAAAGUGCUUAUACACUUUGGAAAAAACUAUCUGAAGAAGGAUAUGAGAAUAUACCAGACACAAUUUCUUAUGAAUCAAGAAUUUCGCUUAUUAAAUUAUUGAUUGAAGUUGCUUCAUAUGAAAGUGUUUCAAAUAUUACUGAUCAGCUUGUUGAAGAAAAUGAAGAUGAUUUAAGAAUUUGGUAUUACAUAGGUUUGUCUAAAUUUUUGCUUAAAGAUGGUGACAAUCCUCGAUUUUACUUGGAAAAAGCAUUAGAACUUAUAACAAAAACUGGUACAGAAGAAGAUACAGAUAUAAAAAAUCACAUUCUAGAAAUGCUAGAAGAUUGUCCUUUAGAAGAAUUAGACCCAGUAGAUACUUUACAGGAAGAAGAUUUAGCUAGUGAUGAAGAAAAUGAAAUACAAAUGGAGAUGUAAAUAUUUUAAACAUGUGGUAAUAAUUUUAAAUGAAAAAUUAUAUUUGUUUAA